GGAAAGGGUCAAAAAAAAAAAAAAAAAAGACGCGGAGCAGCCCAAAGGGGAAACCAGCGUCCGUGCGAAACCUCGAGCCGGCCGAGGCAGACAAGGGCAGGGGAGGACAGCGAAGAGAGAGAGAGAGAGAGGGGAGACCGGGGGGCAAGCCUGGGAGGGGCCGAGGAGGCCCGCUUACGAAUCUCGCGAUCCCCAAUCCGGAAGCCUCGAUUCGCCGAUCCGGGCUCGGCCGGGGAGAGAGGGAUCCCGCCGAUCGGGGGGCGCUCGUGCUGCACCGAUUCGAGCUCGCUCCCUGCUCUGCCCGCGCGGGGUGCGUUCCUGCGGAGGUCCGCGCCGGGCCGGUAGCUGCUGCGUGCUGCCUGGUGGCUGCUGCUAGGUAGGUGGUUAGGCGGCGGCAGGAGGAUGCGGGCGGCGGCCGCGUAGCGCCAGCGCAGGCGCAGCAGCCCCGGCAUGGGCGACGACGCCGAGCUCGAGGAGGGGGAGGCCUGCGCCUGCGGGGACGACACCGCCUUCGUCGACCCCGAUGUCGCGCUCUCUUACAUUGACGAAAAGCUUCAAGACAUACUUGGCCAUUUCCAGAAGGACUUCGAAGGAGGCGUUUCUGCAGAUAAUCUAGGGUCAAAAUUUGGUGCAUAUGGUUCAUUUUUGCCUACGUACCAGCGCUCUCCUCUUCCUCAAACUAGAAGUCCCCCUAAGGCAGGAAAUAUUACCUCAAAAUCUCCCUUUCACCAGUCGAAUGAGGACUUGUCUCAGAAACCUCCAGCUGUGGCAGUUUCAUCUACCCCCCAAAGUAAUGGUCCUGUGGUGCCUUUUUCUGGUGAUUCAAUUAAAAAGGAAAUACGCCCAUCCACAAAGUCUGAAAGGGGUUCCGUCUCCCAUGAUUCAUAUGGGCCAUCAAAAUGUAGUGACCAAAACAGACUUAAAGUCCGGAUAAAGGUUGGCUCUGAUAAUGUUUUGGCAAGAAAUAAUGCAGCUAUCUACAGUGGCCUGGGCCUUGAUAUUUCUUCACCUUCAUCAAACGAGGAUAGCCCUGAUGGCCGUGGGAGCCUGUCCCCUGAAGUUAACAAUGUGCCACAUGAAUCUCCACAAACCAUUCUUCAGAUCAUGACAUGCUUUUCAGUUCCUGGAGGCUUCCUGUUAUCCCCUCUACCAGCCAAUAUCUUGCAGUUGACAAAAAAGGUCGUGUCUUCAUCAAAGAAGUGGGAAUCAAAUGUGGAUGUAGAAAAUGUACAAGAAUCAUAUGAAGGCCAUGUGGCUAAAAGGGUGAAAUCUGAUGGUAACAAAAAGAGGCUGAUAGAUGCAAAAAAUUCAAAGAACAAAAAUGAUAUUAGUGCAGUUAUGAAAAAGGAGAUUGAUAUGGAAUUAGUUGCUGGUCAAAAGAUAGUAUCUGAAGCUCUUAAAAUAUCAUUGCUGUCUGACCCCAGAGCUAUGGAUGCAAAAGGUGAGAAUCGUCUUGAAGAGGAGCCAGCAGAAAACAACUUGGUUGGAAUUAGAGAUGCUCGAUUGAAAGAGCGGUGCACCAAGACUGACUCCAUGACAGUCAAAGUGGAACCUGCCAAAGCAGAGGUGAUGGAAUGUUUAGAGAACAGUAGUUUUGGCAGUUCAGAAAUGGAUCUUUCAGCAGUGAAAGGGAAAUCAAAACCCAAGACAGAAAAGGGUGAGGCAACUUUAGAAGAUAGGAAUACAACUAAUGACAAAGACCUAAUAUCAGAUAGGAAGCAAAAAAAGAAAAUAAAAUCUGGGAGUAAAUAUAAUGCCUCUAACUUUGAAGGUAGCAUUAGCAAUGUUAUAAACGAAGGAGCUUCAGCUGUUUUCCACAUGGGAAAAAUUUCUGGUCUAGAAGCUUUGCCUUAUGACACAAAUGGGGAAAAUAAUUCCAAGAGUGAGGUCAAAAAAAUGCAGAGAGAACAAAAGGCCAAUGUUUCGACGUCUUCUGAUUUCCUGGAGGAGGAGAAACACAUUCAUUCUUCUGCUGCAGUUAAGGAGAGAAGUGACAUGCAAUCAAAACCUAUCCAUACUGGAAAGAAACCCAAAGCAAAAUCACAUAGAGAUGUUAGGGACAACAAUUUUCCUGAAGGAUCUUAUGGAAGCAAGGAACAGGAUUCAUUGGAGAAUAAAAGUGCCUUUGGAGAUCCCCGGCCAAAGGAAAAACCAUGGAAGUUUGACAGCGAGGACUCUGAUGCACCUGGGAUCUCGAGGAAGGAUAGUUCUUAUGUAAAGCUUGACAAACACCUGGCUACUGAGGAGCAGAAGAUGCAUAUACUUCCACCUGCCACUGCUUCAACUGCGAAUGCAGCUUUUAUACAUGCAGCCCCAGUCGUAAUAGAGGAACAUUGGGUGUGCUGUGACAUAUGCCAGAAAUGGCGUCUCCUACCUUAUGAAAUGAAUCCUUCAGAUCUUCCUAAGAAGUGGAAAUGUAGCAUGCUACAGUGGCUACCUGGGAUGAAUAGGUGUGAGAUUAGUGAAGAGGAGACUACAAAUGCUCUGAAUGCACUGUAUGUCCCUGCCCCUGCAAAUGGUAUUCCUUCAGUUGGCCUUCCUCAUGUUGCUUCAUCAGGACUAGUAACAUCCAGCACUCCCAAUAUGAAUGGACAUAUUGAGCAGAGUAGGAAAAGAAAGAAUGUUCUAAGUGAUGGAAAUUUUGUGGCUGAGGGUUCUCACCAAACACAGGGUUCAGGUCAUCCAAUGAGCAACCAACAUGCUCCCAAUAAAAGUAAAACUCAUACUGAUGGUAUCCAGUAUCCUAUUGAUAGAGAUUCUGUAAGCAAAUCAGUUGACCCAACAAUUAAAAAGCAAAGGUCCAAAAGCAAACAUCACAGUAGCUAUUCUGAUGGAGUAGAUCUUGUUGAAAGACCUAAGAAGCAUUCUAAAGUAAAAAGCAAGAGAGACUUGGAUCGUGAUGAAUACAAAGCUUCUAAAAAAAUCAGGAAAGAAGAGCGCCAUUUUGAUAGAGAUCGGAACCUUGGAUCCGGUUUAGCUAGUCGUGAUGUUCCCGAUGAGGCCAAGGCUUUUCCUGUGAAGUCAGUAACGUCAAAGGGUUCAGGUGAAAGGAGUGAUCUUUCUUCAUCAAAGCAAAAAAAUGUCUCACAUCAUAACCAUUUGGAAAAUUCCAAGAAAGCAAGGCAAGAUUAUGUAGGUUUUCCUGAAGACGAGAGCAAGGAAUAUUUUCACCAGUCAGAUGUGCAAAGAUCAGAUUUGUCUAGUAAGAAGAGGAUAGUGAAGAAAUGGGAGGAGAGUCAGUACAAUCCAGUAGCUCAGGUAAGCAAAGGAGCUAUCAAGGAAACCUAUAGGGAUCAGAACUUAAAGGAAGCAAAGUUGAUGUCAUUGAAUUCUGAAGAACUGUUUUCUAUGACGAGCUCCAAACCACCGAAAGCUCAACAUGCUGAUCAGGUUUUGUUUUAUGAUGGGGGGCGUACGAACAGCGAGUUAGUUGAGGAUAACACACACUUUAGUGGCAAAACAGGUCUCCCUGAGCAAGAAAAUAGUCUUUCUGAUAAGGCUUUAGACUUGGGCAAACCUGCUAGUGAUGUGGCCUAUAUUCAGACUUCAGCUGUAACUUCAAGUUCUUCAAAGGCUUCAGUCUCACAAAAAAAGAAGCAGACCACUCAAGCUAUGAAGACAUCGUCAAUUGAGUCUCUUUCUUUGUCACCACAGAGAAACUCUAACAUUGACAAUGUCUCUGCCUCUCAUAGUAGAGUUUCAGGUAAGGAUGGAUCUCUGAAUGCUAACUCAAGCACUGUGCCGGCCAUGGCAAAACAACUAAAUACUCAAGUUGGUGUAGCAGUCAAUGAUCAAUGGUCUAGUGAACCUAUUUUGGUUGGUUCUUCCCGAAGAAAAUCUGAUAGAGAUAAUGGACAGGUUCAGUUAACUCAAGGUCAUGCCUCUGAUGGUAUUCAUCCUGAAAGGGGUUUGAAUGAGGACCUGCAGCCUGAAUCUGGGAGAAAGGAUUCCAAUAUAAAAAACUCCCAUAUUCCUAAAAGUUCUAACCAUUUGCAUUCUGGUGAAAAAAAUAACUAUAAUACAGAUGGCUCUCCUAUGCAACCAGGAAAGCAUCUUGUUGAUCCAAAGACACCAGUCUUGGAUAAAGGUGAUUCAAGUAUGCAUGAAAAUAAGAAAAGUGCAAAUUCUCUUCAAGAUAGAAAUGGAUCAACUCAUUGCCCACCAGAUGGAAAUCCUCUGCUCGGUUUACCAUCUGGAAAAGAGAAAUCAUAUCUCAAAAACAACAGGCAAGAUUCACAGAAGCCUAAACCCCAGAUCUCACCUCUGAAAGAAAGCAAAUUGGAUUCCCAUUCCACUCCAUUAAAACCUAAUGGGUCAAAAUUGACUCCACAAUCAAGACAAUACAAUGCUGAAAAUGGAGGGCGACAUGGCACUGCAAAACAAGCAAUUCGUAGUCCUGCUGAUACUUUUAGUCCAGCUAGGAAGGACAAUACUUCAACUGCGUAUGCUCUCAAAGAAGCCCGUGAUUUAAAGCAUAAGGCUAAUCGUUUGAAGGAAGAAGGAAAAGAGCUUGAAAGUACAAGACUCUACUUUGACUCCGCCUUAAAAUUUUUGCAUGUUGCAUCACUUUUGGAACCUCCUAGCUUUGAUGGUUUGAAACAAGGCGAUGCAGCCCAGAGCAUGUAUUCAGAUACUGCAAAACUUUGCAACUUUGUUGGUCACGCGUAUGAAAAAUGCAAGAAGAUGGCUGCUGCUGCUUUAGCAUACAAGUGUGUUGAAGUUGCUUAUCUGAAGGCUGCAUACUGCAAGCACCCAACUGCAAGCAAGGAUAGACAAGUGUUACAGGCAGUUGUACAGACUGCUCCAGGUGAAUCACCAUCAUCUUCAGCCUCAGACAUUGAUAAUUUAAAUAACAAUGGAUUAUCCAAGGGCCCUUCAAGCAAGGAUGCCAAUUCACCACAAGUGGUUGGAAAUCAUUUGUUGCUGGCCACUCGAAAUCAACCACACUUGAUGCGGUUACUAGCUUAUGAGAGCUGCAUUUCAUUAAAUAAGAAGGUGAACCCCAAAAUGGGGCGGUACAAAAGUGGGGUGGCAUUUUACGGCGGCCAACGCCUUACAUAGACAAACUUAUCCAUAAGACUGGGAAACAACUCAGCCCUCAGCCCUAGGGGCUCCAGCAAGGCGCCAGUUAGUGGCAUCUUCGCUAAUCUCCCGCACCACUUUAGAGAUAUCUGCAGCCCCUUCAUCGAACACACAGUAAUUCCACCUGCUUCAUAGACAAAUGAUGUCAAUAGUGCCUUUGAGGCUACUCGGAAGUCUCACAUGGCAAUUGCUUCUGCUUCUGGCAAUCACGAAAAUGGAGUUGAUGGUCUUUCUUCAGUAAAAACAGUGCUGGAUUUUAACUUCCGAAGUGUGAAUGAUCUACUAAGGUUUGUGCGGAUUUCAAUGGAGUCUAUCAGCUGCUGAUGUGUGCAGAAUCUGAGAAAGUGCCAUCUGAUGGAAGUUCCUGUUGGAUGUUUAAUCUAAUUAACUUUGUUUUUGAUGAAGUAGCAUGAAGCUGAAUAUAAUCCAACAGUGCAAAAGCAUAGGUCUUUCAUUUGAGCUUGCUGGUCAACUUGUACAGAGAGUGAUCAUAUUUCUUCUUUUUUUACGUUGAUUACACCCAAUUAGUAUAUAUAGUUGCAUACCCACUUGGAUGAUUUAGUUAGUGAGGAACACAAGUGAAGAUGAGCUUUGCACUGUUCAAUGCUUCUGCUUGGAAGAAGGAUGCUCUUGUGGCCGCAGUUCGUUGUUAUCUGGAAAGUGGCUUGCUACUGAGCAUUCUCUUACUACAUGAUGUAAAUUGUGAAUCUCCAUCAAGGCUGGCUUAUGGCUGAAGAGUCAGUAUCAUAGUUUCCUUUGAUGGGAGAGGACAGCAAAGCCAGCUAAUCUCGCUAUCCAAGAAAUCGGCUAGUAGUUUUUUCCCUUUUGAACCUUGUCACGAUGCCUUGUCUUCUGGAUAAAGUUCACGCAGGUUUCAAAUAAGAAAUCACAUGGACUAUCAGACUUGUAUGGAAUAUGGAUGCUGUACAAAGAUUUCUAAUGUACAUUAGUCUAACUUUUUUUUUCGUGAUCCCCGAAAUGCCGACUAUCACCAGCGCAUGUACAUGUAUAUAUACAUACAAUAAAGGUUGGGGCAUUUUUACCACGUGCUGGUCUCUAUGUAUGACGCCUUUGGUUCCGUCCAACUUUUAGUCUUUCACAUUUUUGAAAUUUUGUGACAUUCUAGUUUUUUGUUAGGAUAGCGUCUAGUACUGGGAAUUUGUUGCAGAAUGCAAAAUAAAUUCCGUGCUGUA